CGGCUGUCCCUGUGCGCCCGUGCCCAGUGUUGUGCGGGAAUUGUCCGCAACCGCGACGAUGGCGCCCACUCGGGCCAUCCCACGAAUCAAGCAGGUGCGCGCGUACUCCACACACGCCAGCAAGGAUAACGAGCAGGGCGCCGACUGCCACGAUGUCCAGCUUGAGCACUGGAUCAACGGCGUCUCUCCCGAGCCGAUUGCCAACCCGAUGUCGGUGCACCCCAAGUACGCGGGAGCGCGCACAUCGUGGGGCAUCAACGCGCUCGGCACAUGCGUCGUCGAGGUCGAGGCGGACGACGGAACGACCGGCGUCGGCGUGACCACGGCCGGCGAACCUGGGUGCUACCUCGUCGAGAAGCACCUGAGCCGGUUCGUGGAGGGCGCGGACCCGCGCGACGUCGAGCGCAUCUGGGACCAGAUGUGGCGCGCGACGACAAACUACGGCCGGAAGGGCCUCCCUCUGCAGGCCAUCUCGGCCGUCGACCUGGCGAUCUGGGACCUGCUCGGCAAGCUGCGCAACGAGCCGGUGUAUGCUCUGCUCGGAGGCAAGACAAAGGACCGGCUGCCCGUCUACUGCACCACCGCCAAGGCGGACGUGGCGAAGAGGCACGGCUUCGCCGGCGCCAAGGUGCCUUGCCCGCACGGGCCUGCGGCGGGCGACGAGGGCUUCCGCGCCAACGUCGCCUACUUCAAGGCGCAGCGCGAGAAGGUCGGGCCGGACUUCCCUCUGAUGCUCGACUGCUACAUGGCGCUGACGCUGCCGUACACGAUCCGGCUCGCAAAGGCGCUCGAGCCGCACGGGCUGAAGUGGAUCGAGGAGUGCCUCCCUCCGGACGACUACGACGGGUACAAGGAGCUGCGGCAGGCGCUGCUCGGCAGCAGCGUCCUCGUCACUACGGGCGAGCACGAGUACUCGAGGUACGGCUUCCGGCGGCUCAUCGCGGACCGCGCGGCGGACGUGCUGCAGCCGGACAUCACAUGGAUGGGAGGGAUCACCGAGGCGCGCCGCGUCGUCGCGAUGGCGGCGGCCUACGACAUCCCGGUCAUCCCGCACGGCUCCUCGGUCUACUCGUACCACCUGCAGUACGCCUUCCACAACUGCCCCGUCGCGGAGCUCAUCAACCUGCACCCGACGAGCGACGAGGUCGUGCCCUACUUUGGCGGCCUCUUCUCGGACGAGCCGCUCCCCAAGGACGGCUUCAUCGACCUCCCGGACAGGCCCGGCUUCGGAGUCACGCUCGUGCGAGACGGCCUGCACCGCCCGUGGGCACGCACGGCGGAGGAGUCGGCGGCGCAGUACGCGGUCACUAGCCAGGCCGACUCAGGGCUGGUGGGCGACGAGACGAGGCCGCGCAUGGGCAUCUGACGAUCUGAGCACCGUGAGAGAGUGAGUUGAGCUUCUCUGACUCCCUGACCUCUGAGGUUAAUAAGACACACGCUCGUGGGGUGUUGCACUUCGCACAGCCCUUAUAGAUC